CCCUCGACAACCCCCUCUUUGUGAAGCCAUUCAAUGUGAGUCGCUUCAUUGAUGGCCUGAGAAGACGCGACAGGGCAUACACGGCCAUCGACUUUUUGCAAAUCCGCGUCGGACCGGCGCAGGGGACAGUCAGUGGAGGACAGAAAAAUUGCACACGCAUACACAAUCUUCGACAAACGAUCGAGACAAUACCACACAACGCACCGCGCACUCCUUCCACUCGACUGCCACCGUCUCAAGCCCUCCCGAUCGAUUCAGAUUUGCAAACAGCCGUCCGCCGUACCAUCCUCGCUCGCGCCUUCUCAGUCGUCAUUCUCAACACGCACCUCGAACAGCACGCUGACCUCCGCUUUCGCAUAGCAGCCUUCAUAAUCCGACAACAUGGGUAUCUCUCGCAGUGGUAACUGGAAGCGCGCCGCCUCUGGCGCCAAGCGCAUUCCCGCCAACAAGAAGCGCGCUUUCGAGAAGGGCCGUCAGGCCGCCAACACCCGUAUCGGUGCCAAGCGUAUCCAUCUCGUGCGCACCCGUGGUGGCAACCGCAAGUUCCGUGCCCUCCGUCUCGACUCGGGCAACUUCUCCUGGGGCUCUGAGGGUAUCUCCCGCAAGACCCGUGUCAUUGCCGUCGCCUACCACCCUUCCAACAACGAGCUCGUCCGUACCAACACCUUGACCAAGUCCGCCGUUGUCCAGAUCGAUGCCGCUCCCUUCCGUCAGUGGUACGAGGCCCACUACGGUGCCGCUCUCGGUCGCCGUCGCCAGGCCAAGGGCACCGAGGCCGAGGAGGUCAAGAAGUCCAAGUCCGUCGAGAAGAAGCAGGAGGCCCGCACCAAGGCUUCCGGCAAGGUCGAGUCUCCCAUUGAGAAGCAGUUCGAGGCCGGUCGUCUCUUCGCCGUUGUCGCCUCGCGCCCCGGCCAGAGCGGUCGUGUUGACGGCUACAUCCUCGAGGGUGAGGAGCUCGCCUUCUACCAGCGCGCCAUCCGCAAGUAAACCAUGACCCGCCGUUAACGAAGGAUUAUGGGGGGAUGUUCAUCAUGGCUUUUCACAUGGUUGGCGUCGUUGUUCAUGACACAGGCGUCUGCUCGGGACAGCAAAAAGCACUGUUGUUGUUUAGCUUACGUCAAAUUCUCUCUUGUUUCUCAAAAAAAUUUCAAAGCCUUUCGAAUACCCCCUC